AAAGGAAGUGUUUGUGUCAUAAAAAAUCAGUUCCUGUUUGCUGCAGCAGUUUUGAGUUUUCUAUCAGCAGGGAUUGCUAUGGAUCCACCCAGCAGGUAUAAAGGCUCUAGAAAUUAGUUUUUGUAUAUUUACUUACUGUAACAAACCUUCCUGGCUAUGAUGCCUUCACGGAGUAGUGUAUCUGCUUCAAUACCCAACAGCAAAGUCAAGUACUCCAAACUUGCAGCCACAGAUGAUGGUUAUAUUGACCUCCAGUUUAAAAGAAGUCCUCCAAAAGUCCCCUACAAAGCCAUUGCACUAGCCACUAUCUUGUUCAUGAUUGGAACCUUGUUGAUUGUGAUUGGGUCACUUCUUCUUGCCGGAUACAUUAGCAAAGGAGGCAAUGAGAGGGCAAUACCAGUCUUAAUCAUUGGCAUACUGGUCUUCCUGCCUGGCUUUUAUCAUCUACGCAUUGCAUAUUAUGCAUCAAAGGGGUACAGAGGAUAUUCCUAUGAUGAUAUUCCAGAUUUUGAUGAUUGAACAGAGUCCCUUAAUCCAGCAUUGAAGUACUUGAUCUCUCACCACUUGCCAAGAUGUCUGGUUGAAAUAGGACUAGUGAAUAUAGACUCAACCUUUUGGCUUAAGUUUUAGAAGAGCCUAAUGGAGUACUAAAUACAAAUGCUUUUUCUCUUUGACAAGUACACCCAUGUAAUACCAAUGCUUCCUCUAUAAAUUAUUAUAGUAUUCUUUGGUAAUGUUGCCUCAGGAUUUAUUUUUUAAUCCUUUGCAUGGAUUGUAAGAUUGUUUAAUAAUUUACAGACAAAAGACCCACAAAUGCAAGGUGUACAGAGGGAAGGAACAGAAUCCAAGAUAAAACAUUUCAAGAGUUGCUUUGUAGAAACGAUAUAUAAAGCAUAAGUAUAUAUGAACUUAAUAUAAAGGGUUUCCUUUAAAAGAUUAGAAAAAUGACUGAGUAUUGGUAGUGCAAGAUUUGUAUCCAUGGUCAUUUUUGCUGCUUUUUGAAAUGAAUUAUGGUUUAUGUUCUGCAAUUACCUUUUGAUGGCACAAAUGUUGAGUUCUUUAAAAUGUCCGCUUAUCCCACUGGUUCCCAAACCAGUCUUGGGUAUUUCUCUAUACCCAAGGUUGGUUUGUCUCGAGCACUAGCUUGGGAAUUAUGUAUUUCCAAGUUCAAGUUUUAAAGGCAGAUUUCCUGACUUUAUAUGUAUUCCUUUGUUCAUAAUUGAUUCAAAAUUCAGUUUCAUGUGUUUGAAGAGCUGAUAUUGGCUAUUGAUUUUAUUCAAUAGUGCAUUAACACCAUACAUUGAACAGUGAAUUUCAAACUAUUGAAUUACAGCGCCCAUCAACUGCAGAAACGUAUCAAGGAAACUGGGAUUUGUAGCACAACAAUUUUUUAACACAGAAUUAUGCUGUAUAGUUAAUACCAUUCUAUUUAGGUGCCAUUUUGCAGACAGUCCUAUCUGAUUGCUGUGUUCUUAAAUGAAGAUAAUUCAUGGUAUUUUGUUUUAUUUCUCUGAAUAAAUCAUCAACAGUAUUCUUUUUGUGAUAAAGUGAUUUUAUUUGAAUAGCAUUCAAAGUGCUUUUAUCAAAUUCAUGUUUAGUUAUCAAAUUUAGUAACCGCUUUAAGGUAUGUUUAACUGUAAAAUUUAUAGGUAAACGGUCAUGGCUUACCUGGCUGCCACAAUGUAAUUAAAUAGGUGGGUGUUACACUUCUGUAACACCCACCUCGAGUCCGCCCAUGCUCCUCCUCUGUUCUUUGCCAACCUUCUCUAUGACGCCAACAUGUUGGCUUCGUUGCUGGCGUCUGAACGGAAUGAUUUCACGUCACUCUGUUCCUAGUGCUAGCAGCGCCGCUGGCAGGGAGUUAUCAUAGCUACCUGCUAAGGAAUUGAGAGAGAGAGAGAGAGAAAAAUUAGGAAAAAUGUAAAUAUUUUUUUUUUUUUAAUGGGGUUUUUCUCUUAAUCCACACAUUCGCUAGCAAAACUGCUAAUGUAUAAUAAGGUAUAGCUAGAAGUUCAAGCUCUAAAGUUGUAUAUAUGACUGUUUCUCUUUAAGUAUUCCUUCUUCCAUAAAAACGAAGACUGCUUGAAUGAGCAUCAGGUGGCCAAAAUGUUUUAAAAUUUACAAUCUGGUUAUAACUUCUCACCAGGGCUGUAGAGUGUGUACACAUAACCUUCAACUAUGACUCUUCAACUUAUCUCCAACUCCUUUUGUUCUAUAAGGGCUCACAAUUUCCACUUGCCACUAGUCAUUGGUGAGUAAAACUUUUAGCCCUUGUUAGUAGAAAUUCACACCUGGAUGGUAUACUAUGGCUUGCAGUGGACUGACUAGUAGCAUAUGACUACGAAUGUUAAACUCUGUAUUAUGAUAUUUAGCAUGAUUAUCUUACAAUUUAUUAAAUACACUGACUGACUGAAAAGUCAGCACAUUAUUUGGGGGUCGACUUAUUAGGCAAAUCGAAGAUUAAAUUUAUAUUGCACCUUGACUUACACAGUACGUUUAAUUGGAUUCAGUAAAUUUUUAUUGACUAAAAGGGACACUCUACACCUUUAAAGCACUUCAACUUGUUACUAAACAGUGAUUUUCAUUUCUUUGUAUUUGGGCAAUGGAGUGUCCCUUUAAGUAACCCAAUACAUGCUUCUGACUCCACAACACUGUUUAUAACCUAUACUUAUGCUUAAUUUAAUGUUGGAUGUGAUAUAUCUUUGGUGGUCUUGUGAUGACAUGGCUCAGGUGUUUUUAAAGCAGUAGUAGUUUCUGUAUAACAUAUUUUUAAUAAUCAAGGCUGCCGAUUUUAUUCUUGGGAGGAUUAACUCCGCUUUUAAUCCUGAGGUUGACUAAAGUGUGCACUAAUAACUGUAGCCCAGUGCCUAUCUGAAAAUAAGCAAACAUUUAUUGUUACCAGUUACUUGGAUGGUAAUAUUUUGUGAUUUUCUCUAGUGCACUUCCUGCGUGCCUACUUAACAUGUGGAUGUAAAGAAAAGGGGACAUAUGUUAAGCCUUUUGUUUGCUCUGUCUUUUUGUACUGUUUAUAUUUGAUUAAAAUAUGCUGUUCUCUUUUUCUAUAAA